AUCUUAUCUUCAGAAUGUCUCGCCUUGAAGCUAAAAAGCCUCCGUUAUUUAUUAGUGAGCCGCUAACUAGAGAUGCAGUGAGUCAGUCGCUGUCUCUGCUGAGUGGGAUAUUAAAAUCUUCCUACGGUCCUGCUGGUCGACUCAAGCAGCUCCACAAUGGUGUGGGGGGCUGUGUUUGUACCACUUCCCAGUCCUCAGCCCUCCUGGGGCACCUUUCCCUCAGCCAGCCCGUGCUGCGUGUCCUGACAGCCUCUGUACGGAACCACGUGUCACGGUUCAGUGACUGUGGCUUGUUCACUGCCAUCCUUUGCUGUGGCUUCAUCGAAAAUUUCAGGAGCCUGAAUGUUGCACCUUUUACUGUCAUUAAAAUAAGCAAGCAUCUUCUGAGUCUGUGCAUGGACCACCUGAAAUCUGAGGCCUGUGGUUGCCGGGUGUCUGUGGAUUUUAGCAGUGUUGAGACCCUUGUUUGUUUGGUUCGGAGCAUUUUAACAAGCAAACCUGCUUGCAUGCUUAAUAAAACUGAAGUUGAUCAUCUCACCUCACUGGUUUUAAAGGCUUUUAUAUUUACUGUUCCACGUCACGUUGAGACUAAUGCUGUUUUAGGGAAGUGUGUGGUAAUACCUGUGAAAGGUGGAAGAGUUGUGGAUUCUACAGUCCUUCCUGGACUGCUGAUAGAAGCGCCAGAAAUCCAGUUGGGAAAACCACUUGCUGUCAAAAGGACCGGUUCAAACAUGAUCAGCAUUGCCCUUUUCAGUGUGUCCAUGUCAGGGGAUGGCUCUAACCCUGAGGAAGGAACUAUAGCAGUCCAUCAUGGAGUUUCUCUGGAAGUGUCGGAGCUGAAUCAGUUGCUGAAUGUGGGGAAGCAGCUGGUUAAGGAUGAGGUGGGCCUUGUGGUGUGCCAGAAGGUGAUGCAUCCCUCCUUGAAGCAGUUCCUGAAGGAGCAGGGUGUCGUGGCUGUGGACAGGGCUGGGCUGUCCCUGAUGGAGCCCCUGGGCCGUGUGACAGGUUCACAGCCUAUAGCUUCCAUACAUUGGCUGCCUCCUGGCUGUUACGGCAGCUUGAAAGAUUUGUGUGUUGAGAGUUUUGCUUCAAAGCAUUUUCUACAUCUAAUUCCUGAGGACACAGUUAUCUGCAGCCUGAUACUCUGUAACAGAAAUGAAACAGCAUGGGAUGAGUUGAAGCGUGUCUGUGAAACUGCAGAACAUGUGUUGCAGUUAACAGUGAAGGAACCUUUGGCAUUAUUAGGAGGGGGCUGUACAGAAACUCACCUGGCUUCAUACAUAAGACACAAGAGUUCUAGCCUGCCUGCCAGCACUUUCAGAGACCUGGGUUGUUCUCAGACACAGUACCAAUUGGUUGCUGAGGGGUUUUGCCGUUCCCUGGAGUCUGUAGCUCGCUCUCUGAGUCACGAUGGAGAAGAAGUCCUGACAGAUGUGGUGUAUGGGCACUGCUGGUUUGUUCCCCCAGGUUCUCCCUGUGUCUCCAGGUGGUCAGGUUUAGUUUCAAAAUGUGGCUGUGGGGUGAGUGGUAGCACAGAAGACCUCAGCUGGAGCUGUUUGCAAGGCCAGUCUGGCUCUCCUGUUUUGCAGGGCUGCCCUCAAGAGCCCUCAGUAAAGGUUGCUGACCUCCGGGUUCUGGAUUGCUUUGCUGCCAAGUGCAGUGGCCUGCAAGUAGCUCUGGAGACAGCCAACCUGAUUUUGGAUCUCUCAUACAUAAUUGAAGAUCAAAAUUAGCUCUGAUCUAACGUGAUUUGUGUUGUUUAGCAAGACAACACUGAAUUGAAGGCAGGCUAACGUAUAAUGUGUUAAAAUAUUUGAAUGGGUUAGAGGGUGGACAGCAGACAGAAAUUUUAAAUUCAACAGCUGACCAUUGAAUACUCUUCUCAUUGUUAAUCUGCUGUGCUCUCAAGCAUUUUCAAAUGUUCUACCUGUUCCCUCUGCAUUAAGGAAAGUUUUGGAUGUUGGUUAGCUCUGUGGCAUCUUCAAAGGAAUGGAAAAAAUGGAUUCACUUGCUGAGAAAAUAUGUAUUAGGAUUUAUACAGUCUCAGCAAAAGCUUUACACAUCUAAAGAGACUUGAAUCACUGGUAUUUUUAAUUUUGUAGGUAAAAAAAAAGCUUAGCAGAUACCUUGAGCCACUUGUUUUUAAUUUUGUCCUGAAGUUUUUGUCACCAUAUACCAUAUAUACAUGCAGUUUCUAUUUCUAAAUGGUGAAAGAUUUAAAUUCAUAUAUGUAAUUUAUUCAGCAAGUUACAAAUCUCAGCCUGUAGCUCUUAAGGUAGCAGGUAGGUAAUAGAAGAUUUGGAAAGAAAUGGCAGACUGGGUGGAAAAAACUUUUGUGCAUGGGCCUUGAUUAUCUUCUGUGGAAUACAGGGCAGUCUAUAAUGAAGUUUCUAUCAUUCAAGCAAAGCUGCAAGAAUGUCCCACUUACCAUUCAAUUAACUCUUUGACUGUGCAUGGCUUCUUUUAAUGAAGUAAGGCUUUAAGCUGCUCAGACUUGUUUUGAUCUUUAAAUAAGACUGUAGACUGAAUGAUCAAAACUUUUUCUCAUUCUCAGCUUGCAUGCAAGAUCAAAAAGGGUGCUACAUUUUCUUACUUAAGCUCAUUUUCUUUGCCACUUUUCUUCUCCCUCUUUGUCUUCAGCCACAAGGGACAAAUCAUGCAUGGUGCAAUUCCAGAAAACAUCCUGGUCAGUUGUCAUCUAGUCUGCUUAUUUUUUUCCUGCUCGCUUUAGAUUUUAAUAUAUUUAUUUACUGCAUAUAAGCAGUAGAAUUGUUAUAUAUAACUCAGUUUUGAAAUAUGUAAUUAAAACCUGAUCUUUCCAGGCCUUUUGUACAAAGUUCUUUUAAUUUUGAGAACAUAAGUAAUCAUUUUCUCCGUGGGAAAAAAAAAAAAGUUAUUUAAAGUUCUUUAUCUUUUUAUGACCUGAAAUGAUUGCUUCAGUGCUGUAAGGCUUACUUUGGGGACUUGUGCAAGAAUGUUACAAGGGUUGAGAAUGGAGGCUGCUGAAGGCUGGUUUGAAAGCUAAUAAGGCUGCUUUCAUAUCUUGAUCCUCCCAUAUGCUGUGAACUAUAUGAAAACAACAGGAAUAAUGAAGUGAAAUGAUGGUGCACAUUUUAAGGCACAGAAGAAUCUUGGUAGUACUUCAUCUAAUUAUGACUCUCCUACCCAGAGUGCUGAAUUAUACUAUUUGACUUCCUAUAAUAGCAGCUUGUUAUGCAGUGUGGAAAAUGUUGAGUUUAGUGACUACAGCUGUGAAGUGAAAAUUAAGACAAUAUUCAAGCAGAAGCAGUUGUGAGUGUUCUUUUGUCUUGGUAUCUGAAGGUCGAAUCACAGGUCUUGAAUCAGAGCUGACAAUGGUUUUUAUUCUCCCCCAAAAAGAAAGUCACAGAGUAAAAAGCUGAAAAAAUUAAAUUUUAUUUUUGCUAAGUAGCUAAAAAUCAUUUAUACCUGAACUAAAGAUUUUUUCAUAUAUAGGUAACUUUAAUAACAAUGAAUUUUUGCCUCCUGCUAUAACUAAAAAGGAUAAAUAAGCAGCUUGCUCUGCUGUUUAUGGACAGUAUGGGUUCAGUUCUCAGUUGUACUACAGUAGGCUUGAACCUUUAGUGUUUAGUGUGGUCUCAUCUUUGAGGGGUAACAUAGGAGGAGUACUUUGGAUAGUUUUUAAAAUCCAAGUAAAAAGAAUUUUGACUCAAUCUAACAGCAACAUAAAGUAACUUUUGAACUUGAUGUUUUCUAAUAAAAUUUGGGUGCAAAAAUGGUUGGGUUUCCCCGUGUGUUUCAAAGUUGACAGAAUGAAAUAUGCUGUAAUGCCUCUGAGAAGCCACUCUGGUUUUAUUCCUGUUCCCCUUGGCAUUUGGUUGGAAUUCAAGAUCAGCAAUGUCAGACAUAUCAGCAAUCCUUACUGUAUCAUGUCUUCAGAGUCUGUGCUCUGCUGUUCAGAGUGGAUGUUUGUGUGAUGCUAAUCCUUGAAGACAGGCCAGAAACAGGUUUGUGACUUUGGGAAGCUUCACCUUACUAUAUUGGUGGCAUAACACUGGUUUGUUGGUUUAAAUAUUUUUUUUCUAUUUUUUUAUUCAAGUGUUUGGGGUUUUUUAGGCUGAGCAUCCGCUACAGUGUUAGAUCUGUCCCAGUAAGGAGGGUAUUGAUUGCUGUCAAAGCUUGUAAGGAAAAUAGUGCUUGGAAUAUCACAGGCACAGCAGAGCUUGUACAAAACAAUUCACACCUUACCCAAAACCUGUACUCUUGAGUUUUACUUGUGCCCUUAUUUUGCUGUGCUGGUUAGCAAAAUGUGGUAUUUAUCACAUCUUCAGCAGUGCCAUGAGAUCUGAGUCAUGUAAGUAUUACACUCUUCAAUCUCAGAAAAAUCAAUAUCUUUGAGUCAUGUCAUAGGAAGAACUUUAACUGGAUCUGCAUUUACUGCUGUUCUGAAGAUGCAGAAACAGUCUGACUUUAUUGCAAAGGGACUGCCUCCAGCAUGCUUACAAUCUGCCAGCCAGACUUUUUGAGAAGCCAUAUUACAAUGGGUGGUUCUAGAAUAUUAGUAGCUUUUAUCCAUUAUUGUAAAUACAAGUCAUUUCUAUGUUUGUCAGCAGGGACAAGUUGCACAGUACUAAUAACUUUUUGACCAGUAA